AUGGAAACUUAUCCCAGUUUUCCAGAUAUACUGCAAGAUCCCAACUUGACAAGAAAUGAAUCAAAUUUUAUGACCGAAACAGAACAAAAUCCAAAUAAUGAUGCAAAGGGUUUUCAUGGCGUUAACCAGCUUGGUGGAACAUUUAUCAAUGGACGUCCAUUGCCUGAAAACAUCCGCCAAAUGAUACUGAAGUUGCACCACGACGGCGUGAAGUCCUGCGAGAUUUCCCGCAUUACCAAGGUCUCUCACGGCUGUGUGAGCAAGCUCCUCAACAGAUACCAAAAUACCGGAUCUAUAGCGCCCUCUACCGCCGGCGGAUCUAAACCAAAAGUAUCGACAGACGCUGUGGUGGACAUGGUUGUAAAAUACAAGACAGAAAAUCCAGAGAUGUUUGCACGCGAAAUAAGACAGCUCCUCAUUCAAAACGCGGUCUGCUCCGAGGAUAAUGUACCAAGUGUCAGCUCUAUCAACAGAAUUUUACGACGAAACGACUUAGGAACGAAAUCUCUUCCCAUGGGAUCAAACAUGCUGGAGAGAUUUAGCACCUUGUCAGGAAUGAAUAACUUCAAAGGAAGUGAAAUCAUGGUCAAAAGAAUUGCAGCAUUCCAGCUGCAAGAUCUAGGGGUUUCCUCAUCACAACUAGGAGGACACAAUCAUCAGUCCUUAAAGCGGAAAUACGAGGACGAAGACACCACUAAUCCUUCAAAGGUCCAGAGAACCGAAAAUAGUACUAUCGGAAUCACUAAUCAACCAAUAGCUACAGAAAUGAAUAAACCCAAUGUAGAAAACCCAGAGACAAUGCAACAGAAAAGACUCCCUGGCACUCUGAAAAACCCCGUCCCCAUUCAACCAAGACCUUCCAAAAUGCAAAUAGAUGCUUCUGCGGCGUCUGACCUCCAUCAUUUUAAACCAGGUCAGCUUAUUACUUUUGUGUCACAGAAUGGAAGAGCAAACUCAAGAAAACUCCAGGGAACAAAGAAGGCACAGUCUGAUGGUCUGCAAAAUAGGAUUCCCGGAACAGAGAUGCUAAUCCAAAACGCAGUUACAAGUCAACACAUUUCUCCCUUAGUACAAAACUCGAUAUCAUCGAUAUCAUCUACUGACACUUUAGGGUUGAUAUCAACUGUAACACCACCAAAUAACGAUCUUUCUCUAUCAUCGAACGAUCACCACGACAACACAAGUUCUUUAGAUGACAAAAACCGAGAAGCAGGGGGGUUCCAACCCUUCUCCUUCGUGGAUCCGACUUUUGGUUUAAUAAGCGUGUCACCAGCACCACCCGAGAUGCUUUCUUUUUUGGGACUGAAGAAAUAUCAACAAACAGAAGAGUCUCAGAAAAGUACUAAUACUAACUUUGCAAGCAGCGUCAACAGAGUUCAAUACAGUUUUGUUGAAAACCAGAUGGUUAAUCAUGAAAAAGUCACCGACAAAAGUUCUCCAUUGCAAAUCUUUGAAAGUGCCUCCUUUCUGCAGCAGCUGAAUUGUUCAUUAGAACCAGAACACUGCUCUCCUUCUGUGUGUGACGACAGAGAUUACGCAGUGGAAGAGUCCUUUCAGCGUGACCUUGACGCUUUCUCCAUUGACCUUGGUACAACCUCUGAAUCUGAUCUGUCCAGUGACCACGACUCAAUUUUAGAUUCCCUGUAUCGAUCUCCUCCCAGUGUCACUGGCGGACCCCAGGGUGAACAAACACUAAUCCACAGGAAAGAGUUAUUUCCCGUUUGUUGA